AUGGACCGCGCGAACGCGCGCGUCGCGGCGACGACCGCGCACAUCACGCGCGCGCCCACCUCCGCGUACAUGGAGGACGUGGUCAACCAGACGCCCUACCGCGCGGCGCUCCGCGCGUGCCGCGACGAUCUGUGGAAGUUCAUCGACGAGACGAACGCGAAUCCGAUCUUCGUGCGGCUCGCGUGGCACGACGCGGGGACGUUCGACUAUCACGUCCGAUCGUGGCCAAAGUGCGGCGGCGCGAACGGAAGCAUCCGCUUCGAGGAGGAGAUGAGCCACGGCGCGAACGCGGGGUUAUCGAAAGCGCUCAAGUACCUCGAGCCAUUCAAGGCUAAACACCCGCUGCUGUCCUACGCGGACGUCAUACAGCUGGCGGGCGCGACCGCGAUCGAGCACGCGGGGGGACCGAAGAUCAAGAUGCGGUACGGCCGCGUCGACGUGGAGACUCCGGAGGAGUGCGCGAGGGAAGGGAACCUCCCGGGCGCGGAGCCGCCGUUCGGAGACGGAUCCCCCGACGCGGCGACGCACCUCAGAAACGUCUUCGGACGCAUGGGGUUCUCCGACCGCGAGAUCGUCGCGCUCUCCGGCGCGCACACGAUCGGCCGCGCGUUCAAGGAGCGCAGCGGCGUCACGGAGAACGGGUACGGCGCGAAGAACGGCACGAAGUUCACCGGCUGCCCCGCGGGGCACGGCGGCGGCGGAGGGACGUGCCCUUUCAGCGCGCGGCACGACGGCGACGCGGACAAGGGCGUCGGCAUGGAGGGCGGUCGGUCUUGGACGAAGCACUGGCUGAAGUUCGACAACUCGUACUUCAAGAGGGAGCACGACGAAGACCCGGCGAACUUGCUGUGGAUGUCCACGGACAAGGCGUUGCACGUGGACGACGAGUUCAGGAAGGUGUUUGAAGAGUACGCGGAGUCGCAGGAGGCGUUCUUCGCGGAUUUCGCGGCGGCGUACAAAAAACUGAGCGAGUGCGGCGCGCGGUGGAAGCCCGUGGACGGGAUCGUGUACGAGUGGUGACGUGGGAUAUGACGCCAUGACAUGUGAUCCACGUGAUCGUGAUCGUGAUCGAUCGCGCGAGGUCGAGACCUAGCGUGUUUCCUAUUCUUAUAUUCGAUUCGAUUCGUUCC